AUGGUGUGGCUCUCGUCGGAAUCACGUCGCGUCGGGUUAGCAAAAAGUACUUUGCGAGUUCGGAAGCACAGAAUUGUUGGUGAGAUUUCUUAUAUCCACAAUGAAGAUGAAGAUGCCGACGACGAAGAUGAAGGUAGAGAAGUUCCUGUGUUGCAAGCGGUUGGUGAGGAGGAAAUCCGAGUAGAAAUGGAACCAGAGAAUUUUCAAGAAGUCUUAGAGGAAAUUGAGAACCCUAUUGCAUUUGACGAAUCUCCUAGUAACUCAGAUUCAGAUUCAGAAGAAUCGAAUAGUUCUACAGACUACGAAGAUGGGUUUGAAGAUGGAAUUCUAGAAGUAGUGGAAGAUGAGCCAAACGAAGUAAAACAACUUCGGGAAUGGGCAAUUACAAACGAAAUAGAGCAAAAUGAUGUUGAUCAACUUUUGAAAAUACUACGGCGUAGACUUUUACCCGAAUUACCGAAGUCCGCUAAGACCUUUUUAGGUACAAGUUCAGCAAAAUAUAAUAUUCGAGAAUUGCAAGAUGCAGAUGGAUGCGUUGGAGAAUAUGUAUAUUUUUGA